AGGCAACGUUUGUUCUCUGCAAAACAAUGUGAUAAAGGGCUUCAGAAUGUUGAAUUUGUACCUCUCUCCAAAGUCGAGUCGCAUACGUCUUUGUUCAAUUCGAUUCAGGUUGGUAUGAAACCCACUAAGGACUGGUCGACUAUUGGUGUUAUGGAUAAGUUUUACCCACAGGCAGACUUUUGUGUUACUCGUAUCACAGACAUGUGUGGUGUCCAUAUCCAUGUGUAUAUCACUGGAAAGGCCUAUACGAAGAAUAUCGAGGGGUUGGGUAUGGGAUCUGUUAUUGCCAUCAAAAGACCUUUUUUGCUUAAGCCAACCGAGGUAAAAGAAAUAUAUACGAAUGUCAAGUAAAGCGACUAAAUAUAUGAUUAGAUCAAACGUUCAAUUGCAUUACAUGUGGAUCAAAUACAACAAGUGUGGGUGAUUGGGCAGAGUUUGGAUUUGAAACAGUGUGUUACUUUCACCAGGAAGGAUGUACGGUGUAAUGAAUGGAUGGAUAUGUAAAUAUAGAUAUCUAAUAGAUUUGAAGCAACAACUAAAAAAGAAUGUUUUAUAUUACAGACGAUCUGGAGAGUAUUGUGAUA